UUUUUAUAUGAUUUAUCAGCGGAUAUAUGAACGUUAAAUCCCGCUGGAUACUGUAGAAAGGAAACAAAACGUUAGAAUAUUUUUAUUUUACGUUAUUGUGCGAGGAGUCGCGACUUCGGGUUCACAUUUUGUCACUCGGGAAAAGGGUUAAAGGUUUAAAACGGGUUUAAAAUGUCGACAGGUUUCAACCUCACAGAUAAACGAAAACAGUAUGUUACACCUAUUCGCCCUAAGGCUGCAUUACGUGACUUAUUCACAGUUUAAGAUGGUUGUAAUUAACAGAAAACCCACCAGUGGAACAAUAAUGGCUCUGCCAUUUAGUUUAGCGAUGCCUUCGGCAUGCACAUGAGCUGGAUACGUUUAUUUACCAAGAAGGUUUUCACUGUUUGCCAAUUGACCUUGGUGUUUCUACAGUAAACAUGUUAAGAGGAAAUAAAAAGAAAGGCAAAGUACUGCAACAGUUAAUACCAGAAGGUGGGGGAGUUUAACACCAGUCACCCGUCAAACCUCUGCAAACGAGAUAUAAUAGAGAAUAGAAAAAUUACAGUCGAAAUAUGAAAGAGAUUACUACUAUUACAGCAAAUAGCCCACGUAAUAUAAAAUAUUAAUAAUACAAACUGAGUAAUUAUAAUAUGUAAUAUUUAUUGUUGAUGAAAGUCGGCACCACUUUGUAAUGUAUGUAGCAUGUGGUGACAUAUCCUUAAGCAUGAAUUAAUUCCUCCAAGGUGAUACAUAUAGAUUCUGAAAACAGAAGCUGUUGUUUUGUUUAUUUUUUUUUUUUUGCAUAAUACAUCACAUCCGAGCAACACCAACAUGAACCUGAUGGUGCCACGUGAUGAUAUCCAGGAUUUGGAGGAGUGUGUUGUCUUUUUUCCAGCUGAUUGUGUGACCAAUAAUCGAUCGCCAUUUCCAUCACAUGGCUUUUGUUUACACUUUCUGGACCGUUUGAGUAUUUGCCUUUGUGAAGGCAAACCGGACCAGCUGGAAAAUUUAAACAAUGUUAUUCAAGCGCUGGUUCGUUUCAGGAAGCGGACCUUUAGGCCAAGUUACAUCCUACUCCUCUUAAGCCCCGCCCCACCAGCAGAAGGUGAGGAAGAAGAGGGAUCAAAAAUGGAAGAAACAGAGAAAACAAAGCUUGAGGAGAUGCUGACGUGCCCAGUGUGCCGGGACAUCUUUAAGGAUCCUCGGCAGCUGCCCUGUGGACACAGCAUGUGUAAGGGCUGUCUUGAUAACGUGAUAGAUCACUCCUCAGACACUCUCUUACCUUGCCCAGUCUGUAGGGAAGAUUUUGGACAGAACAUUAGGUUCCAGAAGAGCUACGCACUGGCCAACAUCGCAGAGGACUUCAGGGUGAUCAAGAUGAGGAGGGACGAGCAGACAAAAAGUGUGUACUGCGACUUUUGCCCGGAGAAAAAAACUCUGGCCUUUAAAACGUGUCUGAAGUGUGAGGUGUUGCUGUGCAAAGAGCACACCAAGGACCACCUGGAGCUUCCGGUAUUCACGGGACACCCUUUGGUCAGGCCCCUGUGCGAUCUCAUGGAGAGGAAAUGCCCGCAGCACGACGACGAGGUGCUGAGGUACUACUGCAACACGUCCAGACGCUAUAUCUGCAACGUGUGCGCCCUGGAGACCAAGCGGGGCAACCUGGCCACUGAGGCCUCCACUGUCCUGAGAAGACAUCUGACUGAGUACAUGGACCAGCACUUCAAAAUGCUCACGGAGCAAAUUACAGAUACGAAUGAGUCUGUAAAAAAACUGCAAGAAGACCUUCAGCUUGAAAAACACAAAGUGAACCCUUUUCUCAACAGUGUCACAAUGGUGCUGCUCUGUCUGUGGUUCAUAGUUCUGUAUUAUGGUAAGACCAAACCCCCUACUAUUGUGUUUGUGUAGGAACCUUUACUUCAUUAAGGAUAAUAUAACACAGGUUUCCUCAUGUCAUAUUUGGAUCAUUUGCUAGUAAGUAAGCCAAAGGUGACAGCCUAUGACUCUUCUAAACAGUAGGUCAGUUUCUGUCUCUGUGUUUGCUUAGUCGACUGACUAACACAGCUGUCAUGAUAAGGAUGCACUCUGUGGUCCAUCUCCUAGAUAAUCCAAGGUUGAGAUUAUCUUUUUUUCUUAAAUUUGUUUCAUUACUGACAGACAGACUGGCUCCAUGUAGGUUGAUUGUCACAAUAUAACAAGUUAUAGAGUGAAAUUGAGUUUUGUAACUCCCUUCUGCUACAUAG